AUCACAAGGCCAACACAGAUAGACAGACAACAUUCACACUCACAAUUACACACUAGGGCCAAUUUAGUGCUGCCAAUCAACUUAUCCCCUGGUGCAUGUCUUUGGAGGUGGGAGGAAGCCGGACAAGUACCUGAGGGAACACACGCAGUGAGUGAUAUAAAUGAUGAUAUAAUAGAUGAGUUCGUAAAUGUUGUUCAUUUCCUACGAAAAAAAAGCUGGAGUCUAUCCCCGUUUACUUUGAAUGCGAGGCGCAUUCUUUCUGAUGACGAUCUGUCAGUUCCUAUCCCAACCACAAGGUGGCGGUCAAAGCCCGGUUGGUCGGACGCCAAUAAAUACAUUGAAAGGGGUUAAUUGUGACGUUUACCUACCAAAGUCCACACAAGUUGUAACAACGCGUCGGGAAGACGAGCGUUCGCAGCAUGGAGCAGAAAGACAAGAAGGUCCUUUGCAUCGGGCUUGUGUGCCUCGACAUCAUCAGCGUUGUGGAUAAAUAUCCAGAAGAAGACACUGACAGCAGGUGCGUGUCACAGCGAUGGCAGCGAGGUGGCAAUGCUUCCAACUCUUGUACGGUGCUUUCACUGCUGGGGUCCUCCUGCGCCUUCAUGGGCUCCCUGUGUGCUGGACCUGUGGCCAGUUUCAUCGUGGAUGACUUCUCGCAGCAUGCCAUUGAUAUUUCAGCUGUGGCCUGGCAGGUCAAAGGUCAAACGCCCAGUGCGUGUUGUGUAGUGUGUCCGACAAGAGGCUCUCGCACUGUCGUUCUGUACGACACGUCACAUGACCCACUGCAGUGCAAGGCCCCCGUGUUGCUGCAUGUCAGGAAGUUACAUCACAGCCUCAAGCUCCUCCCACUGAUGGCUGACAGGAGGUUACGAAGCUACGUAGUGCAGAACGUCCCUGAUGUGACGGCAGAAGAUUUCUCCAAAGUGGAGCUGCGUCACUUCAAGUGGAUUCACUGGGAGGGGCGCAAUGUCGACGAGCAACUGAAGAUGAUCCAGCAGGUGGCACGCCACAAUGCUGCGUUACCGUGGCAACAGCGAAUCACCAUCUCUGUGGAAAUCGAGAAGCCUAGAGAGCCGCUGUACGAGCUGUUUGCGUACGGCGACGUGGUGUUCGUCAGCAAAGACGUGGCUCGGCACCUUGGCUUCCAUACGCCGCAAAGUGCUCUGGAAGGACUCCGCUGCCGUGUCAAAGUUGGGGCGGUCCUCAUCUGUGCAUGGGCCGAAAAAGGGGCCGACGCGCUGGCUCCUGAUGGCUUGUUCAUCCAUUCGGAUGCCUUCCCUCCAGAACGUCUCAUUGACACGCUUGGAGCGGGGGACACGUUCAAUGCUGCCGUAAUACACAAACUAUCCAACGGUGCCCGUUUAGAGGAGGCGCUGACCUUUGGCUGCAGAGUGGCAGGCGGGAAGUGCGGUUUCCAUGGUUACGGCGGCAUUGCAGACAUGGUGACGCGCCAAGAGUGACUUUUGUUUGACAGACUGGUAUCAUGAUUUAUUGUCAUUUCACUUCAUAAGGACACUAUGGAUAAAUAAAGUGUGCUGGCAAACAAGUCACAGUACGUCAUUAAACUUAGCUUGUUGAUGCUACGUUAGAUUCUGUGCCGUUGCCAUGGUGACCACAAAGCAAACACUCGGUCGACAUUUACAUUUGAAAAUUAUGGACAUUUACCAGAAAAAGCUGUCACAAUUGCUUUCCGCCCAGGCGUUGCCAUUUUGUACUCGCACAUUUUUGUGGCUCAAGUGUGGAUAUUGGUAUUAUGCAGCUUUUGAUUAAAGUAAACCAACAGUA